AAAUGUGGUUUUUCAGAACUGUAUUCAUGGCAGAGGCAAAGGAAGACGAAGCAGGAGUUUUGUCUUCAUGAUGGACCGCCUUAUGCCAAUGGAGACCCUCAUGUUGGCCAUGCACUAAAUAAAAUUUUGAAAGACAUCACUAACCGGUUCUAUGUGAUGAGAGGUUAUAAAGUGCAUUAUGUGCCUGGAUGGGAUUGCCAUGGGUUGCCAAUUGAGUUGAAGGCGUUGUCAGAAGUCAAAGGAGCUGAGAAUCUUUCACCAAUGGAAAUUAGACAGAGGGCCAGAGAAUUUGCAGAGAGAGCAAUUGAGAAGCAAAAAUCCGCCUUCAUUCGUUGGGGUGUAAUGGCAGACUGGGCUAACUGCUACCGUACAUUCGAUCCAAAGUAUGAAGCAAACCAGCUGAGAGUCUUCUACAAAAUGUAUGAUAAGGGUUUCAUUCAUCAGGACUAUAAACCUGUGUUCUGGUCUCCUUCAGCCAAAACAGCCUUGGCUGAAGCAGAGCUUGAGUACAAUGACCACCAUGUCAGUCGUUCUGUAUAUAUGAAAUUUCCUCUGUUAAAGUCACCACCUAAGCUGACUUCUGUGAUAGAUGGAUCAUCCCCUGCUAGUGUGCUAGUCUGGACCACGCAACCUUGGACUGUGCCAGCCAAUCAAGCAGUUUGCUACAUGCCAGAUUCAGCAUAUUCGAUUGUGAAAUGUACGACUACUGGUGAACACUUCAUUCUAGCUGCAGACAGAGUUGAAUCUACAGCUGCUGUUUUGGACACGCAGUUUGAGGUUAUGUCAACAUAUAAAG